AUGAUACCUUUGAGGUCAGUAAAUGCCCACAGUUUGGAAAAUGGAAGCAAAUUGAGUUUCACUGGUAAAAAGUAGAAGUUAAAACAAUCUAAAAAUAUAAAUAUUUCUAAUCUCCUUGACUAUGAUGACGAUACAAUGAUUGAGAGAAUAUCCUUAAAUUCAGCAUUAUAUUCUACUCAACGCAACUCUAAAACUAGUAAAGGGACAAGCAGAAAAAAAGCAUUUUCGAAAGGAGAUAGAUUUAAAAUUUUGAAUUAGAAACUUUAUACUGAUUAGGAUUUUAGUGUCUCUAAUUAAAACAACGAAUAAGAUGAUAUAGUCCAGUUGUAUUAGUUUGAUGUAAAUGAAAGAUGCAAUACUUCAGAAGCUAGGCAAUCAAAAUAUAAUAGUCGCCCAAUAUCUUCAGAAGCUCAUCGUUUUAAAAUAAAAAAUGAUAAUGAUAUUAACUUAUAAAGAUAAUUAUAUAAUAAGAAUUUAAACAAUACAAAUUCUAUAAUAUAAAAAGAUGCUAAUAACAGUUAUUACUAGAAAUAAAGUACUAUGGACUUUUAAGAUAAAGAAAAUUAGGGAUGUGAAUAAAAGUUGCAAUUAUUUAUAAGACCUUAAUAUCUAAAGUAAAGAGAUUAUUUAAGUAUUGAUGUUAGAUCUAGAAAACAAUCUAUAGGUGUUGAUUAAAGGAAAAUGUUAACUAAUAAAGGGGAUACAAGUUUGACUUUAAAUGCAUCAAAUUAACAACAUGAUUAAAAUUAUGAUAAUUAUCCAAAUAGAAGGACAAGCAAUAGUUGUAUGGGUAAAUACACUAUUGACAUACCCUAAACUUAAUCAAUAGCGAAUUCAUAAACAAUUAAUUUUCAGGAAAAAGGAAUAAGGUGCAAAACACCAUCUAUUUUAUCUAGUUCUAUAAAUACCACAACUUUAACUCUAAAUAAGUCUUUUACUAAGGGUAAAAAAUCAUUAACUUCAAGCAAUAAUGGGUCUCUAUUGAGCUAAGUGCCAAAUAAAAAAAAAUUAAAAAUAUUCCAAAAAAAGGAGAGUAAAAGUCCUCAACCUCAUGAAGUUGUGCCUUUUAGUGUUUCUAGCCAAUAUUCUCGUAAUGCUCCACUAAGACUAUCAAAAACACCUGAUUUAAAAAUAAUAUCUAUUCUUGGUGCUUAUGAUUAAAUAAAUUUAGGAAACUUUGUCUUUAACAAAAAAUAAUUUAAAUAAUACCUUAAAACACUAAACUUUAAAACACCUUAGGAAGAAUAAUAAAUGAUUAAAUAUAUGUUUAUUUAUUUCAAGCAAUGGUAAAAGAAAAUUAACAGAAAUUUAGAUACAAUAAAGCUUUAGCUUUUUUCGAUUAAAGUAGAAGAUCUAGAGGAAGAGAGUAAAGACAUAUAAAGAUAUAUAAGAAAGAAAGCAAAUUAAGCUAAAAGGAUUAAGAAAUGCAUAAGUGUUUUACUCAAUUAUACCAAAAGUAAAAGAGAUACCAGAAAGCUCAAAUAAAUAAAUUAAAAGUGCAGUGAGUAUGAUUCUCUUUUAAAGACAAUAAAUGUUAUUCAUACUUUAAAAAUGAGAGUUGAGGGGUAUUUGAUAAAUAAAAUAUAAAAAACCUCACCUUUAAAAACAAAAAUUCCUACUUAAUAAGAAUUAAAUCAUGUUAGUUAUUAAAAUAAUUAUAUAAAUCCUGAUGAUCAAUAUCAAGAUGAAGAAAAUAACAAUUAACAAUAUGCUUCAAAAGUAUUAGAUAAAAAUGAAUUUGAUCAAUUUAAAGGAAUACAUGCUUAGUAAAAAAGAAAUUCAAGUAUAUCUACACAUAUUUUUACUGCUAAUUUAGAUUAAGAUCCAUCCAGAGCUUAAUCUAGAAGAAUUAAUAUGGAUCUGAGUGAUGAUGACUUUUAAAUUAGCUAAUCAAGAGUUAAUUCAGAGGGAGUUAACUUAUAUGAUAAACGAAGAUCUUAAGAAAACCCAAAUUUAAUCUUAUAGCAAUAAUAAUAAAUUCUUAAUAAUUAACAUUAAGUUACUCCAUUAACAAGUUAGACUCCCACUAUGAAAUCUUAAUAAAAUAAAACAGAUCAAUAAGUUAAUUUUUAUGACGUUUCUAUGAACCAGAAUUUUAAUGAAGAUAUUAGAUCCAAAGAUUUCGGAAAUGCAUUAAAUAUUGAUUUUUAAAAAGAUGUCAUCAAUAUUAAAAGUAUCAAGCCUAUUUCAAUAAAUAAUGAAGAAGAGGAGCAAUAAAAAAAUACAAUAAAUUAAGCUUCAGUUGAUAACAUGAUUAAAAACAAUGGAUCACUUAACACAAAUUAUUAAGAGAGUUUUAUAAAUGGUAAUUCUUAAGAAAAACAGUCACCCAAAUUUAUUUUAAAUAAGCAGUCAAUAAAUUCUUAAAUAAAUGAAGAGAAAGAGGAGCACGAUACUCCUAGAAGGAAGUAGUUAAAUAAGAAAAAGCAGACAAAUCAGAAUCAGGUUAAUCCUAAAUUAAAAUUUGAAUCUCUAGAGAGAGUAAUUAAGGAAACAAUAGCUGAAUAGUCAUUAAGUAUAAAGCAUAAAAAUAUUUUUUAAAAUUACUUGGAUUCUAUUAAAAUACCAUUAGAAGAUCUGCAAAAAUAAGGCGAAGAUGCCUAACACAUUUUUGAGAUUUUUAAUAAUCUUAUGGCUUCUUUUGAAGUAAAAAUUUAAGACCAUUCUAGAAACUGCACUGAUUUGAAUAAAUGGGAUAUAUUGCUUUAGUACUUAAAAGAUUUUGCAUAAUUAAUUGAUGAAACAGUUAAACUUGGAAGCGAAUUAAUGAAAUUAUCACAGAGUAGGGCGCUUCCAUUAAAUGUGACUAAUAGAGCGGUUGUUUACUUACAGGAGGCUUAGGAAAAAUACAGAGAAGUUUAAGGUCGAGUCAAAGAUUCUCUUAAAGAGCUAGUAAAUCAUAUGUGGGAAUUAAUUGAAGAAGGUAUACAUUUAAAUUCUUGUGAUGUUCAAUAUGAGUAGAUAUUCAAAUUUAUGGCAAGUAUAAGAGAUAGUGUAAGAUAAAGCCAAGUUAAUGAUUAUUAAAAUAAAGAGAAACUUUAAAUGAUAGAUGAAAUAGCUCUUUCACUUAAUGAACUAUACAAAAUUUCAUACAGCAUAUAAAGCAUAGUAACAACUAAAAAGCUUGAAUUUGUUGAUUCACCCUCUUUCUCUCAAAUAAAAGAAGUUAAGAAUUUAUGCCAUUAAUUCAAAGCUAUUUAUCAUAAUUUAAUGGACCGUUUGGUCUCACAAGGUGAUAUUCCAAUAUAUUAGAACCAAAAUUCAUACAACUAAAAUAAAGCUACUUCUCUCAAUAGAGGAAAUCAAAUAGCUUCAAAAUAAGACACUCAAUAGAAUAAAGGAGUGAAGGGAAAUUUGAGAAUAGAAAGAACUAAUAAAAAUGGAGAUUUAAUAGGAAUUUCUUUAAUUGAAAGAUAAUGUGAAGAAAUAGAAGAUUUAUUUGAAAUAAAUAGAUGGUUCAUUUCAAAUAGUUAAGAUAUUGACAAUUUAAUAAUAUUUUAAGACCCUUAAAACAUCCCAGAAAUAUAUCCGCCAAAUGAAGAAGGUAAAAGAAGAUUCUUUAGCGAAAUUAGCAUUGGUGUUGGUGUAAUUUUAUAGUUAAGAGAGAAUGCAGAAGAUAUCGUAGAUAUAUCAGGUAGUUAAAAUCUUUCUAAUGUAAUUAAAAAUGUAAAGCUAGCUCAAUAAAAAUAUUAAAAUAUUGCAAAUAUCUCAGUUGCUGCUGCUGAGUUGAGCAAUUUAUAAAAUUUUAUUUACCCAAAAUAACCCAUUUCUGAUGUUGAUUAAUAGAAUGAUAAAAAUGAAGGACAGUAUGAUUCUAUCACACACAUAUAUGACUGCUUGAAUAGAAUUUAAUUAUAGUUUAAUCAUAUCAUAUAAAACAAUGAAUGGUUUGAUAAAUUUUUUAAAAGAUUAAUUAAUGGAACACUUUAUUUUGAUUUUGUGGCUGGUGAUUAUCCAUUUUUGUGUGAAAGUAUGCACAGUAUACUCAGUGAGUAUAGUAGUAGAAACAAAUAUUCGAUCCCUUCAACAGAAUAAUUCUAUAAUAAAAAGAAUAUUGCUGAGUAGAAAUUAGAAAAGGUUCGUAAAAACAAUCACCUUUGUGAGAACGGGAUUGCCCAAGCAAUAAUGAACAAAAUAUCAUUUUUAGAUCAAAGAAUCACUUUCGCUGUAAAUUUAUUUGGUUCUAAUAAUUUUGUUCUUCCUAAUGGUUCACUGCUUUGUAAAAUUUUGGAAGCUUUCUUUGAAAGAAUCGUUCAUCAAAAAUCUUUUUAAAAACUUUGUGAAUAAUUUGAAAAGCUAAGGAAUUUUAUGCUAAAGGGAAUAGAAAUAAUUUGUAAAGAAAAAGAAGUUUUAUGCAGCAAAAAAAUGAAGGAGAAUUCUAAUUCUCUAAAUACUUUUUCUAAUGAAUAGGAAGAAAGUUAGCUUUAAGUUUUAUUAAAUAAAAAAAAACCUAAAUCGCAAACUUUAUAUUGUCAUCAAAUAAAGAAUAACAAUGAAAUAGAGCCUAGUUUAAAGUCUUCACAUACUACAGCUACUGCUUAAGGAAAUAAUAAUUUAAAUACAAGCUAAACUAUUUCUCUUUCUUCAGCAAUAAAGUCCUAAUUAAAAACUGAACCAUAUGCAUCUUCAGGAAUUAAAAAGUGUUAAGUUAUCAGAGAAAUUAGAUUUGAACAAGAACAAGGAUCAGUUUCAACAAAUGGUAAAAGUAGUAGUGUUGAUUACAAUGAAAAAUUUACUGGAAAACUAAACUACUACGAUAACAUUUUAGAAGAGGCAGAAAAUCUUUGUAAGCAUUGCUCUUUAUUUAUUCCUUCAAGAGAAGAAGAAAAUGAUUUAAAUAAUUAAGAAGGCGAGUUGAUAAAAAGUUUUUCUAUUUAUCAAUAUGAUGAAUUUCAGUAAUUUGUUUCAAGAUAUUUGCUUGCAAAAAGGGAUAAAGUUAAUAUUUACUCUAAUACUCAACUAAGAGUAAAAUGGAUUGCACCUUAUAACGAAGAUUUUAGCAUAUUUUAGUAAAAGUAUGCCUUUAUUUAGAAAUACUUAUUACCUCCUGAUUCUAAUAGUUCAUAGGAAACAAUUAUUGAAUAUACUAAGCAUAUAAACCAAGUUUUUCAUAAAAACGGACCUAUUUUUUAUAAGUAUGAGUUUCAAACAUUUUAAUCCUACCUUCAAAUAUAUAUUGAUACACCAAAUAGCAAUUUUCAUAUUAUGAUUACUUUGUUAUAAGAUCCAAGUUGCAUCCUGUAUUCAGGUAAUUUAGAAAACUAAAAAUUCAUAACAACCUUAGCAAUAAAUGAUAUAUAUGCAAAUGUUAAAAUGACAAUUACCAGCAGAGAUAUAUGUUAAGGAAGUGAUUAAAUGAUGAUUUCUCAAUAUUCUUCUAGAUUUAACUAAAAUUAAGAAAGAAAUAAUGAUGAUUAAGAAGAAUAAAUUUAAGAAUAUUAAAAUAAAUAAAACAAUAGCUCAAAUCGCAAAUAGUCAAAAGAUAAAGUCUCAAAAAUAGAUUCAAUAAAUUCAAAUAUAAAAGUAUCUUAGAUAAAUAAAGAUUAAAAAACAUUUGUUAGACACAGAAGUAUCCAUGAAUUUUUGAUGAGGGCAUAAAAAAUAACCCAGCUUAGAAUCUGCAACCUCAAUUAUAACUUAAAGGAUGAUGAACUAUUUAAAAUAUUUUAUCGCCAAAUUGAGAAUAGCUAACAAAAUAAAUCUUAGACAAUUUUUCAUAAAAAACCUUAAAUUGAAGUUUAUGCUAUUAUCAAUGAAAAGGAGGUUAUUUGUAGAAGAAAAAGUAUAUCUUUAGAUAAAAAUAUUUUCUUCACUUAAAAUAAUCAAAAUACUUAAGAAUGGACGAUUCUCUAAAGUUAUUUCAAACAAAACCUAGAAUAAAACACAAAUUUUAUUGACUUUUAUGUAAAAAUAAACAAUGUAGAAGAGGGUUCCUUUUAUGUAUAUGAUAAAAAUAAUUACUAUUCAAUCAAAAGUUCUCUACUAUUAAAAUAAUAAGACGUCCUUAAAGAAGCAGGUAUUUCUAGUAAUGAAGAAGACAAAGAUUUAAUAAUUAAAAAUGUAAAUAAUCUUUUAAAUUAAAAAUAUUGGUAUGCCUUUACUAUUGCAGGUAAUAAUUCAUUUAUUGAAAGAUCAAGGCUAACAUCCUAACCAUCAGUUUUAAAUGAUCUUUGA